AUGGCCUUGCAGAACCGUGACCUGGCCACUGCCAGUACCACCCCUGCAGCCUGUAAAGGGGCAGAGCAGUCCAUGGGCAAGAGGUUACAGCAGGAAUUGAUGACCCUAAUGGUGUCUGGAGACAAAGGAAUUUCUGCCUUCCCAGUGUCAGACAAUCUCUUCAAGUGGUUUGGGACCAUCCAUGGGGCAGCUGGGACAGUAUGUGAAGACCUAAGGUACAAGCUGUCCCUGGAAUUACUCAGUGCUUACCCAUAUAAUGCUCCCACUGACAAGCGGUCAGCUCUGUAUGAUGUCAGGACCAUCCUGUUAUCUAUCCAGAGCCUGCUGGGAGAACCCAACAUUGACAGCACAUUGAACACACAUGCUGCUGAACUUUGGACAAAUUCCACAGUCUUUAAAAAGUACCUGCUGGAAACCUACAUGAAGCAGGUGACUAGCCAAGAGCCUUGA